CGUGCAAAGGCUUAACCAAUGGUUUCAGCCUCGCGUCUUUAUUUGCCUCCCAUAGUCUUAUCUUCUCGCUAAUUAAUGAACCACACGACCCGUUUAUGUGAUUUACAUCACCGACCUCAACGUAGAUUCCAUAGUUCAUAUGCAUAGCCAAAGGCGUGGAUCUUUAGAUAGAACAGAGCAGGGAUAUAUAGAAACUCAUCAGAGCUUUGGAAUGGCGCUGCUCUUCCUUUUGUUCACUCUUUUACAGGUUUUCUCACAGUCACAGUUCACCGUGGCUCAUUCAUUGGUUAAGUUCCUUCCUGGAUUUGAGGGGACUCUCCCUUUUGAACUUGAAACAGGGUAUGUUGGCGUCGGUGAAUCGGAGGCCGUGCAGCUCUUCUAUUACUUUAUACAGUCGGAGAGAAAUCCUGAAGAGGACCCUCUCCUGCUUUGGUUGACUGGUGGCCCUGGCUGCUCUUCCUUUUCUGCUCUUUUUUAUGAAAUUGGUCCAUUGAAUUUCAAGGUCGAUGUGGAGUAUAAUGGAAGUUUGCCUACAGUGCUCUUGAAUCCAUACUCAUGGACAAAGACAUCCAGCAUCAUAUUUGUAGAUUCACCAGUUGGCACUGGAUUCUCCUACGCAAGAAACAAUCUUGCUAAACAGACAGGUGACUUCAAACAAGUGCACCAGCUCCACCAAUUUCUCAGGAAGUGGUUGAUGGAUCAUCCAAAUUUCCUCUCAAGUCCAGUCUAUAUUGGUGGGGAUUCGUACUCUGGCCUUAUACUCCCAAUACUUGUUCAAGAGAUCUCAUAUGGAAAUGAAGAAGGGAUCAAACCAUUAAUUGAUCUCCAGGGUUUUAUACUCGGGAACCCCAUGACAGUUAUUAGUCUUGAAGCCAACCUCCAGAUUCCAUAUGUUCAUGGAAUGGCACUAAUUUCUGAUGAACUCUAUGAGUCAUUGAAGAGAAAUUGUGAGGGGGAGUAUCAUAAUAUAGACCCCAGCAAUGAGGAGUGUCAGAAAGAUCUUCAAUAUUAUGACAAGUGUGUUUCAAGACUUCAAAUAGGACAAAUUCUAGAGCACAGGUGCGCUGAGGCUUCCCCCACGCCACAAGAGAUGUUGGCUAGAAGGCGGUAUCUUGAUGAACACCAUCAAGAAUUCCUUGAUCCUUUCCCACCUCCUACAGUUGGUUGUCGGACUUAUUCAUAUUUGCUCUCUGACUAUUGGGUUAACGAUGAUGAUGUCCAGAAAGCACUCCACAUUAGAAAGGGAAACAUAGGAGAAUGGCAGAGAUGCAGCUAUUCUAUACCUUACACAAAAGAGAUUCAAAGCAGUUUUCAGUAUCAUGUAAGCCUCAGUGCCAGAGCCUACCGCUGUUUAGUAUACAGUGGCGAUCAUGAUAUGAUCGUUCCCUUCUUGGCAACUCAAGCAUGGAUAAGAGCUCUGAACUAUCCCAUUGUUGAUGAUUGGCGGCCAUGGAUGGUACAAGGCCAAGUUGCAGGAUACACGAGGACUUAUUCCAAUCGGAUGACAUUUGCCACUAUUAAGGGAGGAGGGCAUACAGCUGAGUACACCCCGAAAGAAUGUUUUGCUAUGUAUAAAAGGUGGAUAAAUGGAGAGCCUUUGUGACAUAAAUCAUCAACUCCAACUUCAAAGCUGUGAAGUAAAACGUGGUUCAGCUAAGUUUGGAUUGAUUGAUAGGAACUCAGAUGGUAGCAAGAACUGUUCAAAUAUUAUUCCAUAUGGCAUUUUCAUGGCCAAAAGGAAAUUGUUAGAUAUUUGAACCAUUAUUCUCCAAACAGACGGUUGAAACAAAACGAGUAAAACUAUGGAGAAUGUAAAUCCUAAGCCAUCUGGAGCAUAGUAAUAUAGACUGUAAUUAUUCUUUACAUUUUCA